AUGUCGUUAUCAUCUAGAUUACUACCGAGGUUACGACCACUAGUAUCCUCUGCGACUUCACGAACCAUCGUCAGCGCUGCACCGAGACGAACCACAGAAGAAUGGCCUCAGCGCUGUUCACUAGGUCCAUACUACGAAGUCAUCCUGAAUAGUCCCUCAUAUACACCCAUCGAUAAGCCAGAAGUACCACCGAAGUCCGCAGACGCAGCCGUUCAGCAAGAAUUUCCUACAAAGCAAGCCACACAAUCACCACAAGACAAGGCCCGAUUAGUCUUUGGAUCGCGUGUACUAGACCAGAUCAAGAAGGACGAAAGAGUAGCCGCGCGCAAGGCGAAGGCUACGAAUAUCGCGGGUGUGCUUGUGCCGCCGAAGCCCACAGAACCGGAUAACUGCUGCAUGAGCGGCUGUGUGAACUGCGUAUACGAUCUGUACCGCGACGAGUUAGAAGAGUGGCAACUGAAGAAUGCCGAAGCGCAGGCUGCUUUGAGCAAGGUUGAGGCAUCUGUGGAUUCAGAUGGUGGAGGCUCCGAGUCAAAUUGGUCUGCGCCUCCAGUCGCAGAGGCAAAGAUCGCAAAGGACUUUUGGGACGAAGAGUUAUAUGCGAACAUACCCGUUGGUAUCCGGGAGUUUAUGAAGACGGAGAAGCAACUGAAGUUGAAACACAAGAGCGACGGCACGAGUGAGAGCUGA